AAAACAGAUGAUUUCUCUUCUGAAGAAUCUGUUGACAUACCUGAGCCUAUUUGUAAAAUAAAUGAAGCAGUAUCAAAGAUAAUUUCGGAAAUUUCGGAAGAGUUCGAAAAAACCGUUCCCUCAGGGAACGAUCAGAGUCAUGUGACUUCAGUUGAACCAGACCUCAUAAAGCAAAAUAAUGAUGAGCUGAUUCUGGAGGAAUCACUAGAUAGAAAUCAAAUCGUAGAACAGGGUCUAAUACAAGAGCUGUGUGGUACCUUUGGCACCUGUUCAUCCAUAUCUACUAAAGACAAUAUCAGCUCUACCGAUACUAAUUCCUCUUGCAAUGGAUCAGAGAAUAUGAUUUCAG